AUGCUGCCAAACCAGAACAUGAAUCCGAACCAGAACAUGCUGCCGAACCAGAGCAUGGUGGGGGGGGGCAUGCUGCCGCAGCAAGCCAUGCUGAUGAACCAAGCCAUGCUGCGGAGUCACGGCAUGGUGGGGCAGCAGAGGAUGAUGGGGCAACAAGGCAUGAUGGGGCAGCAGGGCAUGAUGGCACAGCAUGGCAUGGUGAUGCUGCCACAAAGCAUGCUACCGAGUCAGGCAAUGGUGCUGCCCCAAGGCACGGGGAUGCACAACCAAAUGUUGCUGCACGGAAUGCUCCCCCCCUACGCCUCUUCCCUUGCUGCUGCUGCUACCGCUGGUGGUGGUACCACUGAUGGUGCUGCCGAUCCCGAUGCCACCAUCUCUGCUGCUCACCUUGUCCCCGGCUCCCUCCCUUCCUGGUGGAAGGAAAGUCUCCCAGUGGUGCCACCCACUGUGCACUCACACGGCGGUACAAGAGCCAAGGUGGGGAGGCGGACGGGCGCUGGUGGGGCUGCAGGCAUGGCGGCAGCACCAGGUGGUGUGACGGAGCGUGCAGGCAUGCAGAGGACAGCAGCCGGUGCUGUGGCAGCCGGUGGAGGUGUGGCUUCGGAGGGCAGAGCAGGGGCGGUGGAGCAGGGGAGUAUGGAGGAGCAUCUAGAUGAGGACAUGUGCACAGUGGUAAGGAGGGCGGGAGAAGAGGGGCAGGGAGGGGAUGACGCUGAGAGGGCAGCUGAGGCAGCGUGGCAGGGAGGGGACGAGGCAAUGAUGCAGACUGCAUGGUGGAAUGCAGAAGCAGCAGCAGCGGUGGCGGCAGCGGCAGGAGAGGAGGGAGAUGCAUGGAUGCCGUUUGACUUCUGCCCUGACCCCUCCACUCCCCCAAACUUUGCUGGUUGA